AUGGCUCAAGGUUUUCUUCCACCUCCGCCUCCGCCCCCUAUGGCCCAUCCGAAUCAGCCGACUUAUAGUAGACCAGCCACGUCCGCAACGUACGUCCCACAGGCUGGUUCAUUUGGACCAGGUGUUGGAAUACCUCCGUUCGAUCUGCAUUCCAUGCAUGCGUACGACAGCCAGGGAACCUUGCCGACCGGCGAUAGACCACGACUCCCCUCCAACCCUGUUUAUGAGCAUGGUGGUGGCGGUGCUGACCCCGGUGCUUAUAAACGGGACGGAAAUGUUCCAAAUACGCCUUUGGCCCAACCAUCGUCAGCGGGUGUAAUCGACAAUAGCCAUGGCAUUGUUUCUCCGGCACAGGGAAUGAAUGCCGCCCAAAGCCAGCCACCGCAGCCCGUAAACCAACCCACCGAGUUGACAAAGUCGUCCAGUCACCGACACAAUAAUAACAUACUGUUUGGUGGCAUGUCGGCCAGCGAAGCUGCAGUACAAUGGCCCUUAGAGCGGAUCCUGUCCUGGCUUGCAAAGAAUGGGUUCUCUAGAGACUGGCAGGAGACGUUCAGGGCUCUAAACUUACAAGGGGCCGACUUCCUGGAGUUGGGACAUGGACCGAAUGGCCGACCUAACCUGAGCAAAAUGCAUAAUGUUGUAUACCCCCAGCUUGCGAAAGCUUGUGGGAUCAGCGGGACAGGUUGGGACGAACCGCGCGAACGAGAGGAAGGCCGACGGAUGCGAAGGCUGAUUCGCCAGAUCCAGGAUGAUGGAAACUACGAUGUUGGUUUGCCCUCCUACAAGCGACGCGAGUCCCAAGUAUUCCAAGACGGGGUUCUGGAUAUUUCACCGAAAUUGCCCCAAGAGCCUACUUCUGCCGGCCCUGGUGGCAACAGUCCUAGCCUGAAGGCUUCGUUACUGGCUCAUCACCAAAAGCAGAAUGCCCAGUGGUCUGCCACUACGCCCAAUCCUACAAGCCAUGACUACCAGAACUCCGAGACUACCCCGAACGAGGGCACAGGGACAGCGCAUGGUCGCUCCGACUUCUCCCGAGCCGUGCUCUCUAAUAUUGAGGGUGACCAUCGGAGGCACCCUUCCUUGUCUAGCGAUAACGGCAUUUUCCCAUUCCCUGGCCGUGGAUACGAAGAUAGUCCGAAAAGCAGCAGCCCGGCUACACACUACCCUAACUAUAUGGGUGCCUCGUCCUCUGCAAAUGAUUUGACUAUGAAACGAGAGCACUCCCGUGGCAACAGUGCGGAUUCAACAUCAGGCCGGCGGUAUUACGAGAGCUACAAGCAAGAAAGCAGCCGUCUUUCGCCACAAGAAACUCGUCAUCCGAAUGGAGACAAUUCUGUAUCGUAUCCUCGAGAACAUGGCAAAGGGUUCCGGGCACGUUUUAUGAAGAAGUCAAAGGCAGGCGACUCCAAUCAUCCUUCCCCCGAGGAGCUAUUCUUGGAGUCCCCAACGAGCCCUCGAUACAACACCACUCAUCCCUACACUAGACCGAACUUCAACAGCAGUGAUGUUUCAGUGGGGGAGCGUCCGUCAUCAGCAUCCGUGUCCGAUCACGAGCGGCUUCCCAUGAAAGCAAGACCGGCGCAGAAGGGGAAGAAGUGGGCCUUUGUAACUUUGGACGCGUUCAAUUAUCGCCUGAUUGAUAUCACUGAUAUAGAUUCAGUGGUCAGGUUGCGUGCGACCAUCUGCCAACAGAUUGGGAUAUCUGAUUGGCCCGCGGCCCAGAUAUUCGAAACGGAACCUGGUCAGACUGAACAUGAUAGUCCCCUCAAUGACACAGACUUGACACUAUCUCAGAGGACGAAGUCAGACGCCAUUGGGUCUUUGAAGCUAUAUGUACGCGGGCCAUACGUCAACUCUGGCGCCCAUAAUUAUGCUGGGCUAGGUGUCUCAAUCCCGGAGAAGGCCACAGCCUCGCCAAAGAGAAAGCUUUUGGAUGAUGACGCUCGAAGCCGAAUUUCACCUCUCAACCAAUCUAAGCCUACAUCUCCCCAAUCGACCCUUCGACCACAACAACUAAGGCCGCAUGCUGCCAAGGUUCCCGUUCGCGAUGUCUCCCAAUUGUCGCUCGGAAUGUCCCCUGUGGAUGGCGGCCCAGAAGCGGCGGCGGCGUCUCUUGAUCCAGAAACUGCUGAUCUGGCAGCUCGUCAAGAGGAGCACAUGCGUGAUGUUGAGCGGAAGCAGAAACAAAACCGAAUCUCCAAUGUUCAACCGCCGAGAAAGGAUGCUUACAGCGAAACGGGCUUUAGACGGGAAGGCGUUAUUGAUUUUGACUCCCCGCGGGUAUCCCCUUACGAGGACAAGAAGGCGGAAACCCUCGUGCCUUUCCGCAAUCCUCCCACAGCACCGAACGAGUCCAAUACUCUCGCCAAGCUUAAUUCUCUGAGGAGGAGAGAUUCGCAGCGUCCUCGUAUACAGCAAGCCCCAGCCCCCCAGACUCAGCAGACCCAGCAGGUUCAGCAAACUCAACAGGCUCAGCAAACUCAACAGGCUCAGCAGACUCACGGGACUCAUGGCCUUGGGGCAAUGCUGGCCACUGUGGGUAGAAUGACCAGUGCCAUUGGUACUCCUUCUCCAUCGGUUCGAACGGCCAAGGCUAGUGGAAGCUCGAAUCACAGCACGCCUGUGAGUGACUCACGAAAUGCUGUGCAAUUCCCUCAAGAACAGCCCCCAUCUGAAAAAGUGUCUCCUGUGGUGAAUGAUUUUGCUCCUGAUGAGCCUAAACCGACGUUGCAGUCUCGAAAGUCGUAUGGGCCUGAAUUCGAUUUUGAAGAGACCAGGGUAUCCUUCCAACGGUCACCAAUGCUACCGGAGGAAUCGGAUGAUGACUCAGAUGAUGGGCUUUUUGCAGUCCCUCUAGCAAACAAGAGCACGCCAACAAAGGCUACGGAUACCUUCAGUAGCGUGAACUCUCAGAAAACGCCCAGGAAGCCUUCUCUCACUGUGAAGACCGACAAUACCGCGCGGAAGAAGUUAUCUGUCAGCUUCAGGUCACCAAGCGCUAGCCGCGAGACCUUUGCCCAGUCUAGCGGAGACUCGGGGAAUGGCAGGGAGUCGUUAUCCGACAUGACUGGCUCACCGGAGGAUGAGAAACCGCGCCGGGACUCAUUUGCUCGUGAUGUUUGGGCAAGCCGACCUCCCGUGGAAGGCGUCAUUGACCACCUCGACGACUUCUUCCCUGAUAUCGACCUUGAUGCACCUUAUCUGGAUGGGCAAGGUCCUUCGCCGCCUUCAUCACCGGCGAGCAGAGUUGCCGCGGAGAACGAGGCGGCUCAUAGAGAGAAACAGGACGGUCCGUCCUACCCAACACCGCCAACUCCUAAUGCCGGUGAAAACCCUCUAGGUUCGAAUGAACCUACCAUGACACCCCAGGACCCUGGUGUCGUUGCUCGACGCAACAUUACUCGUUCCAGCGGUGGCGUCGGCGGCGGCGGCGGCGGCGGACUUACGCGGAUGAAGUCCAUACGAGAAGUUGCCAAAGGAGCGAACCAGUCGAACAGGAACCGUAGCGUUUAUGCUCCUGCCGGGAGCCAGAAGUCUGGAGAUAUUUUGCGCCGGAAGAGUACUAAAAUGUUCGGCGGGAGGAUCAUGCAGAUCAGUCCAAAGCCGGGCAGACGACUCAAUCGGCUUGAUCCCAUCCCCCAGAACCGCGCUGCCUCGGGGGGUCCACCUCAAAGACAACCCACUUUUCGUAUCAUUCGCGGUCAGCUGAUCGGCAAGGGCACCUACGGCCGUGUGUUCCUGGGCAUGAAUGCCGACAACGGUGAGGUGCUAGCUGUCAAGCAAGUGGAGAUCAACCCUAGAAUUGCGGGACAAGACAGGGAUCGAAUCAAGGAGAUGGUUGCUGCCAUGGAUCAAGAAAUCGACACCAUGCAACACCUUGAACACCCCAAUAUCGUGCAGUACCUCGGCUGCGAACGGGGCGAGCUUUCCAUCUCGAUCUACCUGGAGUACAUUUCUGGUGGUUCCAUCGGUAGCUGUCUGCGCAAACACGGCAAGUUCGAGGAGAGCGUUGUCAAGUCUCUCACACGGCAGACGCUGGACGGGCUGUCGUACCUCCACGACCGGGGGAUCCUGCAUCGUGAUCUGAAGGCGGAUAACAUUCUCCUGGACCUCGACGGAUCCUGCAAGAUCUCCGACUUCGGCAUCUCCAAGAAAACCGACAACAUCUACGGCAACGAUUCGACCAACUCCAUGCAGGGCUCUGUAUUCUGGAUGGCGCCGGAAGUCAUCCACUCCCAGGGCCAGGGCUACAGCGCCAAGGUCGAUAUCUGGUCUCUUGGCUGCGUGGUGCUAGAGAUGUUCGCUGGCCGUCGGCCCUGGAGCCGAGAAGAGGCUAUCGGCGCUAUUUUCAAGCUCGGCAGUCUGAGUCAAGCUCCUCCCAUCCCAGAGGACGUAUCGAUCAACAUCAGUCCGGCGGCACUCGCCUUCAUGUACGACUGUUUCACGGUUGACUCGCGCGACCGCCCAACCGCCGAAACCCUCCUCACCCGCCACCCGUUCUGCGAACCCGAGCCCAAGUACAACUUUCUGGAUACCGAACUAUACGCCAAGAUUCGCCACGUUGUUAUCCCAGCGUGA